CGCGCGUCAAAUGGAGGGAGGUAGGGAGCUGGAGGCGCUUGGGUCGACCGGGCCAUUGUACAACAGUAAAACAAUAGAAGCUGCAGCAUCAGUGACGUAUCCGCGUGCGCGCGAGCGCCGUGUUAUCGCGAAAGUAUUGUGGGCGAUUUAAAAAAAAGACUGUCAUCGCGACUAGAGAGAGAAGAGAGAAGAGAGAGAGAGAGAGAGAGAGAGAGCAACAAAGUGCUCCACUUUUCGGAUACAUAAUAUAGUUGCGAAAGUGUAUCAUUGAAUUGAAACAGCUCGCUCACCACCGGUUAGCGCGCUUGAUGGCGAUUAAUUGAACUAUUUCUGUAUCUAUAUUCGCAGAACGGGGCUAUGAUCUAGAAAGUGAUAUUAUAUAUCAAGCAAUCAAUCCUUAGACAGGUAGGGCUCGCUACAAAUUAAUUAGAAUCUUACUAAUUUUCACGCAUAUGUACAUCUAACGUGAGUCAAAUUAUAAGAGAGACCCGCCGCGUCGACUCAAUAUUAACUCGAAUAAUAUAAUUAUAUGUUGCAUGACGAAUAUAUAAUUUGUCGUCUGCCGCUCAAGACGCAUAAACUCUGUUAAUCGACAUAGAAGACUGUUACAAGUAAAUUGAAUGUAGCUGAAACAUUUCAGUCGCGGAUGAAAUUUCAAACGCCAGGGGAAAGUUUGCGCGCGAUUCUCAUACAUCGAGGUAAACACACGUCAGCGCAUAUCGUCCGAGAACGCGCACUCAAAUAUAUAUUUAAUUAUCAUCGCCGCGAUAUUAUCGUUUUCCACUUUCGAGAAUCGGGGAGAGAGUUCUCGCGCGGAGCCCUUCCCCCCUCCCUCUUCAUUGCUUGCACGUUUAUGCGGUACAGCCACUUACGCGCGGCGCGGCGGCAAGCGCCGCAAUAACUCUAUAACAUUACGUCGUUGCUGUACACUCUGCUCUGAACACUUGGAAGUUAGUUAUCCGUCAGUUGCAUAUUAAGGACGAUCGUUACCGCGGUGCAGUCGCUGAUCCGGUUCGAUUUCAUUUCAUUUAUGUCAUUUGUAUGUACAUACAUACAUUACUCUACAGAAUUGUAAAAAGAAGACGCGUGACUUGUAUAAAGCGAAUAUAAUAUAUUGACAAAUUGUUUCGUCAUAGUUUCGUAUCGUGUGAAUUGUUCGAUUCGAUAAUUUCAAGUUGCGCGCGUACGCGCAUCGCGCUGCGCUGCCGGCGCUGCCGCGUUCGUUCGUUGGCCGCGAUUAAGUUGGCAGAACUGUUCGGAAAAUUCGGAAAGUGAACAGGUGUUUUUUGAAUGGAUUAGGGGGAGAGAGAGAGAGAGAGAGAGAGAAAGACACAUCGAAGGCGAAGGCGAGUAGGCGACUGCCGACGAGAGGACGCGGAAGGAUUCGUCGCGGAGCGGAGCGAACAGUGGUGAACGAUCGUCGGAACUUGGCAGCCGCUCCGGAUGAUCGAUAGCCCGGAGGAUGCACGCGGGUACGCGAGUACGCGGUUACUCUCAAAGUCCGGCCAAGAAUGAAGGGCACGCUACACGUUAUUAUUACACUUUUCCCAUUGAGGUAAUGGUAAACGCACGACAAACUGCACUGACAACUAUACUUGCUUGUAUGGUAUAUGUAAGAGAUCGAGAAGGCAUUCGAGAUGCUGCUUGAAAGAUGAAGAUAUAAGUGAGCGUCAACGGCGGCAAUUUUGCAAUAUUCCGUUUCGCUCACGAGAGUCGAAUCCGGACUUUUAAAUAUGCCACACCAAUUCGGACUGCCAACGAUGGCACAUGGUAUGCAAUCUCCACCCUCGCCGACCUCGGUCAUGUCCGUUUAUCCUCGAUUCGGCUCCGGCAUCUAUAGGCCCGAUCACCAAGACCAGCGGCUGACCCGCGAGGCGAUGGAACGUUAUCUGCGCGAUCGUAGCGACAUGGUGAUCGUGAUCUUACAUGCCAAGGUUGCGCAAAAGUCGUACGGCAAUGAGAAACGAUUCUUCUGCCCACCACCCUGUAUCUACCUCUUCGGCGAUGGCUGGAGGAUGCGUCAGGAGCAAAUGUUGCGCGAAGGCGAGAGCGAACAGAGCGCUCAGCUGUGCGCUUUUAUCGGCAUUGGUAAUUCGGAUCAAGACAUGCAACAAUUGGAUCUGAACAACGGCAAACAGUACUGCGCGGCAAAGACCCUUUACAUCUCCGAUUCGGACAAGCGCAAGCACUUUAUGCUCUCUGUUAAAAUGUUUUACGGCAGCGGCCAUGACAUCGGCGUGUUUCACAGUAAGCGUAUCAAGGUGAUCUCGAAGCCGUCCAAGAAGAAACAGUCCCUGAAGAAUGCGGACCUGUGCAUCGCCAGCGGUACCAAGGUAGCGCUCUUCAAUCGACUGCGAUCGCAGACAGUCAGUACGCGCUACCUCCACGUGGAGAACGGCAAUUUCCACGCGAGCUCGACGCAGUGGGGCGCGUUUACCAUCCAUCUCCUGGACGAUAACGAGAGCGAGUCGGAGGAGUUUCAAGUGCGCGACGGUUACGUGCACUAUGGCAGCACCGUGAAACUGGUAUGCUCUGUCACGGGAAUGGCUCUGCCACGGCUGGUGAUUCGCAAGGUGGACAAACAAAUGGCCAGCCUCGAGGCCGACGAUCCUGUAUCGCAAUUGCACAAGUGCGCCUUUUACAUGAAGGACACGGAUCAUAUGUACCUGUGCCUGUCGCAGGAGCGUAUAAUACAAUUUCAGGCUACGCCUUGCCCGAAGGAAGCCAACAAGGAGAUGAUCAACGACGGCGCCUGCUGGACCAUCAUCAGCACUGACAAGGCCGAGUAUCAAUUUUUCGAGGGCAUGGGCCCGGUACGAUCACCGGUGACGCCGGUACCGCUGGUUCACAGUCUGCAUCUCAACGGUGGCGGCGACGUAGCGAUGCUCGAGCUCACGGGCGAUAAUUUCACGCCGAACCUGCAAGUCUGGUUCGGCGACGUCGAGGCCGAGACCAUGUACAGAUGUCAGGAGAGCAUGCUCUGUGUUGUGCCGGAUAUUUCGCUGUUCCGUGGCGAGUGGCUCUGGGUACGUCAGCCGACGCAAGUGCCGGUCUCUCUUGUACGCAACGACGGCAUCAUUUACGCGACCGGUCUCACUUUCACGUAUACACCCGAGCCCGGACCGCGUCCGCAUUGUCCGCCCGCCGACGAGAUUAUGCGAGCACCGCGUGCCAUGCACAAUCAAGCCAGUAUACCACCUGCCGCGAUGCCCGCUGACGUGCCCUGGAAUACUCACGGCCAGCCACCGCAAUCGGGUCUCUGAUGUCUUCUAGAUAAUCGUCAUAACGCGAACCAAAGUUUACGAUGUAGUAGUGAUAUGAACGGUCCAACAUCAACCGUUGUGUCUCACAACGACGACGAUGACGACAAUGACGACGACGACGAUGACGACGACGACAACGACGACGACGACGACGACGAUGACAAUGACAAUGAUGACGGAAGUGAAAGCGGCGAUGGUGACUGCUCGUAUUUGGCGAAAGAUUUGUUACUCGAAAUCGACAGUGAUACAGCGCGGUGCAGUGCAAACUUAAACAAUAUGGAAACGUAGCAUAUCGCUCUGUGCAUCCUACGUGAUGCGACAACGUGACGCGUUGAAUUUCGCGCGCAUUAAAGAUUGUAGCACUAGACUCGUAAGUUGUUGAGAUACAGAUUUACAGAGAUAAUAAUUUAUCGUAGCAAUCUUGUAGGUUUAACGGCUUGCGCUAGUGUGUAUAGACUGAGUCGAGUAUAGAAUAUUUGCCGAUAGAAUUUUCGGGAAAAGCAAACAAAAUUAAAAGAUUCGAUUUAUAUGACAAAAGUUUUAAUCGUUUUUACGAUAUACCUCUAUUGGAUUUGGAGAUAUAUCAUAAUUUCAUUUUCGUCUCAUUUAGCAUUUUUAAGAAGGAUACAAAACUAUAAUCAAACGUUAUUAAUCAAUAACGUUUGUAACAAGAGUAACACAGUCUAUACAUUUGCAUAUCGAUCACCGAACGAUGGUUGUGUUUUCAACAUUGUAUUUGUUAUGAAAGAAGUUGCUGCCACGCUUGGAGCUCGGUAUAGUGGAUUUCGAAAUUAUAAUCAGGCGUUUGCUACAUUGUUGUUAUUGCUGAUUCUAAAUAAAUUUCAAUUUUUUAGAUUAUGUCGACCCCGUUUUAUCUGAUAAAAAAAAUAUAAUUUCGCAAAAAGAAGAAAACGAAUUUGCGAGAGCAAUCGAGAAAUCCAUACCGAAAUCCAAGUGUUGCUUCGUAUGAAUGGUCCAUCCUGUACAAAGAUGAGAGAGGGAGAUAGUACAUACACGAUGUAUUUUUGAACCCGCGCACGAUGGCCUCAACAUUUGGUACAUUUGUAAAUUUAAACGCGCGCGGUGUCAAUAGUUUUUUUUAUUAUUUAUUAGGAGAUGCAUGAUAAAUGCAUAUUUUAUUGAAUGAAAACGUGUGAUGUGUGUUGCGUGAAUUGACGCUGAUUGUGAAAAUGGUCAGAGAUUGACAAGUCAGUAGAAUAUUCGUAUGCAUUCUUUCUUUUCUCUGUAUUUCGGAGAGACGAUCGUCAAAUCCGCUUUAGAAAUGAGACACAUGGUUUUCUUCUGACAAUGUACGUGUACGUGUAUGUGUGUGUGUGUGAGUGAUGUGUGUGAUUCUAUGUAUAUAGUAUCUCAAUGUACGUACAGCACUUAUUGUGAUUACAAUUACAUGGAUCCCGGUGUAACAAUUGCGUUAGAUAUCCUGGAGAUGCUCGCGUAAAACUAAUUUUCGGUUAGUCAUCCAACUUUAAUAAAUAAAAUAAAAUGUACAAAACAAA